AUGUGGUUCUAUGUGUUUGUGGUUCUGUGUGUCUGUGAUGUCGUUCUGUGUGUUUGUGAUGUGGUUCUGUGUGUCUGUGGUUCUGUGUGUCUGUGGUUCUGUGUGUCUGUGAUGUCGUUCUGUGUGUUUGUGAUGUGGUUCUGUGUGUUUGUGGUUCUGUGUGUUUGUGGUGCUGUGUGUUUGUGGUUCUGUGUGUUUGUGGUUCUGUGUGUUUGUGGUUCUGUGUGUUUGUGGUUCUGUGUGUUUGUGGUUCUGUGUGUUUGUGGUUCUGUGUGUUUGUGGUUCUGUGUGUUUGUGGUUCUGUGUGUCUGUGGUUCUGUGUGUUUGUGGUUCUGUGUGUUUGUGGUUCUGUGUGUUUGUGGUUCUGUGUGUUUGUGGUUCUGUGUGUUUGUGGUUCUGUGUGUUUGUGGUUCUGUGUGUCUGUGGUUCUGUGUGUUUGUGGUUCUGUGUGUUUAUGGUGCUGUGUGUGUUUGUGGUUCUGUGUGUCUGUGGUUCUGUGUGUUUGUGGUGCUGUGUGUUUAUGGUGCUGUGUGUGUUUGUGGUUCUGUGUGUUUGUGGUUCUGUGUGUUUGUGGUUCUGUGUGUUUGUGGUUCUGUGUGUGUUUGUGGUGCUGUGUGUGUUUGUGGUUCUGUGUGUUUGUGGUUCUGUGUGUGUCUGUGGUUCUGUGUGUCUGUGGUGCUGUGUGUUUGUGGUUCUGUGUGUCUGUGGUGCUGUGUGUGUUUGUGGUUCUGUGUGUUUGUGGUUCUGUGUGUGUCUGUGGUUCUGUGUGUCUGUGGUGCUGUGUGUUUGUGGUUCUGUGUGUUUGUGGUUCUGUGUGUUUGUGGUGUGGUUCUGUGUGUCUGUGAUGUGGUUCUGUUUGUGAUGUGGUUCUGUGUGUCUGUGAUGUGGUUCUGUUUGUGA